UCGUUUUAAAACCCGCAACGAAUUCAUUAGCAAACCUUUGUUGAUUUGCCACAAUUCUUUAAUAGAGAUCUUAUAACCAUCACAAACAAUUCGGAACGUAUGGUUAUUCAAGAAUUUACUUUUAACCUAAAAUUGUUGUUAUGCGCUUGAUCUAUUUAAGCUUAUUAGUGACUGUUUUACUUAUUAUAUGUUUUACUAAUGGAGCAAAAGUUGUGCGUUUUCGCAGGGCUACGGAAAAGCCUUUGCUGACAUCGUUUGAGGUUAAAAAAUGCCCCGUAGUGAAGACCUUAAAAAAUGUAGACAAAACCAGAUUAUUAGGAGUUUGGUUUGCAUAUGCUACUACUCCUUUGGAUUUGCCCGUCUAUCAGCGACGCUGUGCCUCUUACAAUAUUCAAAACAAUCCAUAUUUUAACAAAAAUAUCUUGUAUACGGACUAUAAUAGCAUUGUUAUUACCUACGCCUGCAAUUUCAAUGACAUGACCAAGAUGUAUAAUGUUAAAUUGCGCAUCUUAACACGCACCCGUACUCCAUUGGUGGACAUCUUAAACAAGGCCCUUUUUUUCCUGGAGUCCAUAGCAUUUCCAACGGAAAAACUCGAGUUUCUUAAAGCGGAAGCCUUUUGCUUCGAGUGGUACAUAUUGAAUUACAACCUAAAACCCAGACCGGGAAGGUUCAACGCCCCCUUCAACAAGGUUUGGGAUCACCGAUGAUGGUACCGAUGCCGAUGGCGGUGACAGCAUUCAUUAAUUGCAUAACUAUCGCUAAUUAUUACAACGACAUAAAUGAGUGAAGGAGCUGCGGCGAUGGAGAGGAAAUCAUACAACUUAAUUAGCUCGGACUGGCCCUACCAAAAUCAAUUACCAACUACAGUUUCACUCGACUGAUUGGGCCCUGUCUUUCAAGGAACCCAAUUGUGCUGAUUCCUGUGUCCUUGUCCCCAAAUCCCAUAUAAAUACGAAAGUACACUCAAAAGGCAAAAAAGCCUUUAAACCUUUGCUCAAAAAUUGUUUUCACUUUAAAAAUUUUCGCCUUAUUAACAUUAGCUAGUGCUCGUGAAAUAUUGCUUAUCACAUAAGUAGCAUAUUAGAAAAUUAAAUUACUUUUCACUUUUGGUUUUGAGUUUUUGGCAAAAUAAAUAUAAAUAUUUUUUAAUUUGCCAACAAUUCGAAGUGUUAGAAAUUAA